AAUCUGAAAAUCAAAUAAAAAUCAUAUGUCAACUUUUUGCAUGUUACGCACUUUCCCGGUGGGCUGACGAAUAGGUUAGGUCCAGAAAUACUUUAUGCGAAAAGCGUAUUAUUGUAAACCUAUAAAUCAGCGAUUUUGUCUGACGAAUUUAGUAUAUUUUGAAAGUUUUUUUUCCGUUUUUUCUCUUUAAUUGUCAUAUUUCACGGAAAUACUAACAGUCUGAUUUAGAGUGACGGACUACUAAUCUGUAAGACAUCUGAUCAAUCCCUACAUUUGACGUUAUUACCCUUUUGUCUUUCUUUGCUGUUGACAGUUUACUGGCAAUUAACUGCCUAAAAACCGUCUAUUUUACGUAGACCGUUUUACCACCAUAAGGUAGUUCAAACUGCCUAUUUACAGCCAGUAAACUAUAUUUUAACGGUCAUGCUUCUCGUGAAAAUUCGAUAUAUGAGAACCGGGUUUACUGGCAGUUUUUAGGUAGUUGAAAAACCACCUUUUUACGGUGGUAAAACCAUACCAUCUAAACCAUCAAAAGACCACCUAGAAACUGUCUGAACGGUCUUAAAACAGCUAGUAAACUAACUCCCAACUGACAGUUAACUUGGCAGUUUUCAAUACCCUGGAUAAUACGGUUUCAUCUUUUGUCUUCUCGGUACGCAGUUAGUAUAGCUUUUUAUACUCUUGGUAUAAUCAUCCUAAAGAUUUUUUAAAAGUCCUUCCGUACCUCCGAGUUGAAGUUUUAUACUCGAAAAGCCUUGAUUUUGACCUAUUUUUUAGUAGUAUAUUCAUCUAAAAAGACAGCAUCAAUUUUCGUUACUCCUUUAUAUUAGUGUACACUAUUCCCAAUACCAUCUCUCGAUUAAUGUAGAUUAGUUUCACCAUUUUAGCCCACACGAGGCUGCCCUAACAAGGUUUUCUAGUUGGAUCAGGGAGGAAGGGCAGACUAAGAAGAGUUUGAUCAGUAGAAAACCGAUACUUUUUAUUUUAGCCUCGCAAGAAUUUCCUUGUACAAACAUAACACAUCAGUCAGUAACAGCUUCCACCAAACAUGAUGACAAGAUGAUAUCUGCUCAUGGAUUUUCUAUAAAUCAGAGAUUACGUGACAUGCAGCUGGAAUAUUGCAUAAUGGCAAAACAAAAGGUGCUAAACUGACUUGAUGUCUUUUUUUUUAAAAGUAACAACGAAGCUUCUAAAUUUUGUUUAAAACUUUCAUCUUUUGUCUUCUACCUAGCCAGAUAACAAUGUGACAGUCCGAACAAAUUUUAAUCCAGAUUCUGAACAGGAUGGACAAUCCAUUUGGCUUGAUUUUGCUGACGAUGGAAAGUUAAAAGAAACAGAAAGAGAAUCUAUAUCAACUCCCGGAGUAUUAGGAAGCGCAAGUUGUGUUUGUGUUCAUACCACUGUUGAACCUCGCUGUAUGAAAGAAACAGAAUUUGUGUUAGCUUGGCAUAUGCCAGUAAUCAAAUUUGGUUUAGCUCAACAAUUAUAUAAACGCACAUUACCUGCUUGGUAUAGAAGUACAUUGUUUAAUGAACUAUAUUUUGUGAGUGAUGGCGGAACAGUUUGGUUGGAUGUUAGUGAUGUUGUUGACGAUACUUUAGCAGUACACAUCCGAAAGUAUGGCCGUUUUGCAUAUUUAGAAGGACACGAAUACAGGAUGUAUAAUACAUACGAUGUUCACUUUUAUGCGUCGUUUGCUCUUAUUCAGUUGUGGCCUGAACUUGAGCUUAGUAUUCAAUAUGAUUUUGCUUCAACGAUUCCGAAAGAAACGUUGGAUACUCGACUAUAUUUAUUUGAGGGAAAUAUGUCAUCUGUUAAAUCAAUUAAUUGUGUUCCCCAUGAUCUGGGUGAUCCAGAUAGUUUCAGCUCAUUAUCAAGCCCAUUGAAUUUGAAUGAACGGCCACCAGUGCAUACGUCAACACCAUUAUGUUCAGAAAAUCCACAAUCAAUUUCUAUAUCAAAACAAAAAAAUUCUCCCACUGGCCUUCAUCGAGAGCAGGCCAUUAUAUCGCAAACUGCUCUAGAUAAUAUACAUAAAUUAAAUCAAGACUUUUGUAUACUUGGUUUAAUCGAUUUUGUUGAUAAUGAAGUAAAUAUUGAAAAGACAAUUGAAUAUAGUCGAAAAUUAAUUGAAAAUUAUAAAAAAUUAGCUGAAAGUAAUCAUGAUUUGAAUGAAAAACUAAAUACAAUUGAACAAAAUCAUGACUUAACUAUAAAAGGUGAAGACUCAUUCAAACAACAAAUAGAACACAUCACUAAAGAAAAACAACGUUUUCUCGAUGAAAAUAAACAGCAUCGUCAGAAAAUAAAUGAAUUAAAUCAAGUUGUUCAACAAAAUCAAAAAGAAAUUCGUCGUUUAACGAAUUUGUAUUCUCAACAUGAAUCUAUGUAUAAACAUCAAUAUAAAACACUUGAACGUCAAAUGUUUAAGUUGAAAGACAGACUAAACACUGACAAUCCUAAUACUUCAUCCACAAUCGAUCUAUCAUGGUCAUUACAAGUAGAAGAAAAAUUACAACAAUCUUUAUCCAAGCAACGUGAAUAUUUAUUACAGAAAAUAAUCCAUGAUUUUGAUCAAAAACAUCGUCUAUUCAUGCUAGAAAAUGAACAACUGAGACAAUGUUUAGUUGAUAUUGAAAAAAGAUUAACAAAAAUUGUUAAUAUUGCAAAUAAUAAUUAUGUACUUCAACAAAAAUCAUCCAAGUUGAACGAUACAUGGACUGCAGAUAAUAAUGAAAUAGCGAUCAACAUUGAGGAUGAUGAAUUAUUUGAAAAUAAUUUACAAAAUCUUCCGUGCGAUGCUAUUAAUGAAAUUGUUCGAAAUCAUUUUGAAACACUCUAUCAUCAAUUAGAAAAACUUUUAUCAACGAAACAACAGCUAUACGAACCGGAAACUCGCACUGAAGAGGAAAUUUGUACUGAUAAUAAUUCACAUAGAAUCAACGAUGCAAAUUUCUUAUCCAAUAUUUCAUCGUUGAAUUCACCAUUUGAUAGACCAAAUCAUGUAUUAAAUGGAAAAAAUAAAUAUUCCAUAGACAAAGAGCGCAUCCGUUUGGAGAAUGAUAAAAGAUUAUUAUUGAUUAUGAUGAAUGAUUUUCAACAACAGCGUGAAGUUGUGAGUUCAAUGAGAUGGGAAUUUGAGUGGAGCAAACGAACCCAACCUUUGCCCAAGUUACCUGAAGGUUUUGCUCAUAAAUUAAGUAAAAAUUAUUAUUAUGAUCGUGAUGCAAGACGUUUAGUUACACCACCACAAGUAUUAUUUACAGCUCACCAAAUGCUGACCACAGGCGCUGCACAACAAAAUUUGCUGACCGACAGUGCUCAAAAAGCGCAAGCAUCGCUUGCUUCGUCAUCUUCAACUACUCAGUCUACUCCUGCUUCAGCUGGAACUGCAACAAUACCAGAGGCUGUAAAAAAUACACAAACGAGUGGUCUACGAACUCCCGGAAACCUGUUCAAUUGGGAUCAGUAA